AUGGAAUCUAAAUAAGAUAAAAUAGUAGUCCUAGGAUCAGCAAGUCAAGACUAUUUCUUCAAAAUUGAUCGUAUCCCAUAAAUUGGAGAAACUAUUGAUGCUCAUGGCUGUGAAAAAUCAUAUGGAGGAAAGGGUGCUAAUUAAGCCAUUACCUGCGCUAAAUUAGGUGCUAAGUGCGAGAUGCUAGUUUAACUUGGAAACGAUGAGUCUGGUAGAGGCUAUAUUGAAGAGUUUAAAAAGCAUGGUGUUGAAACUAAGAAUAUUAAAUUGCUAGAUGGAGUAGAUACUGGUCAGGCAUAUAUUCUAGCUCUUAAGGAUGGCAACAAUUCAAUUAUCAUUAAUGGAGCUGCAAACGCCGCUUAUGAUCCAAAUAUGACUGAAUUAGAUCCAGCCUGGGCUGAGGCAGUUAGAACAAGUAAAAUUCUACUACUCUAGAGAGAAGUUCCGGAAUAUGUCAAUAUUGUAGCUGCAAGAACAGCUAAAUAGGCAGGAACUAUGGUUAUCCUUGAUGUCGGUGGAAGAGACGAGCCUUUAUCAGAGGAACUUCUUAGCUUAACUGAAUUGGAAAGAGUCAUAAACCAUAAAGUAGUAACAUUUGAAGAAGCAAAGCAUGCUCUAGAGAAGUUCGUAGGAGACCAUGAAACCAAUGAAAUUCACAGAGAUCUCACUGUAGUUCUUAAAAUGGGAGAACACGGAUCAGCCUACUUAAAAUAUACAAAAGGUUAGGGAGAAAUUAUGGAGGUUCACUAGAAGGCAUUCGACAUAAAUGAUUUCCCUCACUUGAAAUUGGUAGAUACCACUGGGGCAGGUGACUGCUUUAGUGGAGGCUUUGCAGUCAAGAUGUUAGAAGGAGCUACUCCUGAGGAGGCUUUAGUAUUUGGAAAUAAAGCAGGAUUUUUGGCCAUCACUAAAUUUGGAGCUGGACCAGCCAUUCCAACUCUUCAAGAAGUGUUAGAAACUUUCAAGGAUUGA